AUGAAGAACCCCAAAAUCAUCCUGGACGACCAUGAGUUCCUGAUCUACAGGAGAGAAGUGAAUCAAACCACCUGGAUGUGCAACCACUACUUCAACAAGCGCGAAGUCAGAUGCAAGGUCAAGCUAAUCACAAGCGGUAGGGUCGUGCAGGUGUUCGGCACCCACACUCACAACCCGAAGCAUAAAACGGAGAAGUACAAGAAUAUGCUGUCGCAAAACGUCACCAUUGUUAGGCACUGA